AUGGAACUUACAUCUUUGGAAGGCGCCACGAAGCCAACCACGACCAUAUCAACGAGCACUGACGUAGUCGUCGACGAUCAUGGUUGGUCCGUGAGCGGGAUCGAACACAGUGCCUUGGUCCGUACCGUCUACGGGGUCAUCGGUUUCAGCGGAAUGGCGGGGAAUGCGCUCGUCUGCUUCGUUCUCAUACGCGUACCUCCACUUCGUACGCGCACUAGCCGGUUCGUCGUCAACCUCGCCAUCGCUGAUUUUCUCACUUCCUUCUGGCUUAUACCCAUUCAUGUGUUUCCACAAGUUCCAUCCAUACCAAAGGGACUGGCAGGCGAAUUUAUGUGUCGUUUUUACAUUUCGAAAUAUAUCCUCUGGCUAUUCAUCAUCACGUCCAUCUAUUUCCUAGUGGUGGUGACCUUGGAACGGUAUGUUGCUGUGGUGCAUCCGUUGAAAUACAAGCGUGUUUUCACCACAAGGCUCACCGUACUUAUUUCCUCUUGUUGCUUGCUUAUUGGUAUCAUGGCGCCAACAUUCUUCUUCUUCGUAUAUGAUGUCGUCGACAGCGUUUGUAUCUACUUGCCCUACCCAAGCCCAGCACACAAAUUGGGUGUAGGUUUGCUGUGCUUUACUGUUAUCUACGGCAUUCCAAUCGUUAUCUUGCUAUUGUUGCACAGUCAGACCAUCAAGUCCCUGAGACGUCAAGCCAAGACCCUCGCUGCCAACAUUGCAGAACAUGGACAAUCUGAACAACCUCGCAGGAAUGUCAACAUUUCAGGAGAGAUAGAAGGGAAUCGUCGACCAACGGUGGUCGACAAUGACAACAACAAAUGGCACCUGAAGGUAGCGAAUGACAUGCAGAAGACGUUCUUCGUGGUCAUCCUGGUCUUCAUCCUCUGCUGGGCACCAAACCAGUUGUUGUUUCUCUGCUACUCCCUCGGCGCGCCUGUCGACUUCAGCAAGACCUACUACCACUUCUCCGUCAUCUUUGCGGUAUGCAACUCUUGCGCGAAUCCCUUCAUAUACGUCUUCAAGAACAAGUUGUUCCGUCGUGGUAUACGUCAGGCAGUGCGUUGCGUUGGUCGUGGUGACCACGAUGAUAGGUCGGCCAGUGUCUCAUUCAGACAGUUUGAAAACAGCGUUCAACCGCACUCUACGACCUUGCACCAACAAAAUCAAUCCCGACAUACAACAGUGUCUGUAGGUUCCAUGUCAAUUGCUCCGGUGAACAAUUGCUCCGCUAUAAAUUCUGCGCACAAAUGAAAUGACAAACUUCAACCCUGGAUUUGACACUGUUCAUAUACGUCUUCAAGAACAAGUUGUUCGGUCGUGGUAUACGUCAGGCAGUGCGUUGCGUUGGUCGUGAUGACCAGGAUGAUAGGUCGGCCAGUGUCUCAUUCAGACAGUUUGAAAACAGCGUUCAACCGCACUCUACGACCUUGCACCAACAAAAUCAAUCCCGACAUACAACAGUGU